CCUCCUCAUGUGGCUCUACCUGGCAGCCCUCGUGGGCCUGUACCACCUCGUGCGCUGGUACCGGGAGAGGCAGGUGGUGAGCCACCUCGAGGACAGGUAUGUGUUCAUCACGGGCUGUGACUCGGGCUUCGGGAACCUGCUGGCCAGACAGCUGGACAUGCGAGGCUUGAGGGUGCUGGCGGCGUGUCUGAUGGAAGAAGGGGCCGAGCAGCUGAGGAAGCGGACGUCAGCGCGGCUGGAGACAGUGACCCUGGACGUCACCCAGACGGAGAGCAUUGCUGCAGCCGCCCAGUGGGUGAAGGAGCGCGUGGGGCACAGAGGACUCUGGGGCCUGGUCAACAAUGCAGGCAUUUUUCCCCCAGUCACAGUGAGUGAGUGGCAGAAGACUGAAGACUUGGUGAAUACUCUCAAAGUGAACCUCAUUGGUUUGAUCGAGGUGACCUUGAGCGUGCUUCCCUUGGUGAGGAAAGCGCGAGGGAGGAUCGUCAAUGUCUCCAGCGUUUUUGGAAGAAUUGCUGUCCCUCCUGCAGCCUACAGCUGCUCCAAGUAUGGGGUUGAAGCAUUUUCAGACGUACUGAGGCGUGAGCUGAAAAGUUUUGGGGUGAAAGUCAGCAUGGUUGAACCUGGUGCCUUCAAAACGGGAUUAACAGAUUUACAGUCAAUCUCAGACAGAAUGAAGCAAGCCUGGGAUGAAGCACCCUCACACAUUAAGGAAUCCUAUGGACAGCACUAUUUUGUUGCUUAUUUCAACAGCAUGAAGCAAUUGCUGUCGACUUGUAGCACAGACCUACUCCUGGUCACUGACUGCAUGGAACACGCUCUGACCUCUGCACAUCCUCGUACUCGAUAUUCAGGGGGCUGGGAUGCAAAAUUUUUCUAUAUCCCUCUGUCUUAUUUACCUUCAUCACUAUCAGACUACAUAUUCACCAGAUCCUUCCCCAAACCAGCCCACACAGCCUAAAGAAAAUUGCUUUAGUAUCUCUUGGAAUGAACAAUACAAAUGUCUGAAAGCAGUUGUUAGUGUCUCAGUAAUCCCAGGUUGUUUGUAACAAUAAACAUUCUUUUUAAAACUCA